AUUAGUAUGCAGCUAACGGUACUAUAUUAUGAAGACAAACCAGGAUCGACACAGGACACAAUAAAACUAAAGAUCAACCAAGUGUUUUUUGCUCAAGGGCCACACCAUGUUUGGCUCCAUGUUGUCCUUCCAUUUUCUACUCUCUUGUUUCAUGCUUCUUGUCUUGGUUGCAGCUAAUUGGGAACCCCAAGACGAUUGUCCUUCUUCUCCUCAACCAUGUGGCUAUCUGGGGAAAAUCUUCUUCCCCUUCACAACAAGCUCCAAUCCAAAAUGUGGGUUGCGAAUAAGUGGCUGUGAAGACGACGGUGCAGUCAAACAAAUCUCACUGGGAGGCAAAAAAUUGUAUAAAAUUGAUGCCAUAAUAAAUCCUUUGGACCUCAAUUACCUUUCAAUUUUCAUCCAUUACCCUGAUCUUGACACCGUUGCUACAGAGCAGCAGCGUAUACAGCCUUCUGAGAUAGAAAACGAGUAUUUCACGAUCGCUAACAAUAUUACCUUCUUCGGAUGCUCUCUCAACCCCAACGAAAUCACAAAUUCAAUCCCUUCAAACAUGACUUUAUACAGACAUUGCCAAAACCACAGCAUGUACUAUAAUUCUUCCCAUUCGUUCGACUAUCCCAUGCCCAACAUUCCAUUCGCGUGCUUGCUUUUUCCGGUUUGUCCAUGUGGAACCUUUUGCAAUUGCCCUUCAUUUACAUUUCUAUUUUCUAUUCUCCAAAUUAAAUUAAAAAUACCCAAAAAUUGCAAACACUGUCAUGGCCUCUGUAAGUUUAACUUUGAAGGACAACGCCUCAAUUGUGAUGGACAACCACCUCGUCUUUCCCAGCCCCCGGUUCCUCCACCUGCAACGGCUAAGGCUAAGAAAAUAGCUUUAUUUGUUGGAAUACCAAUCCUGGUUGUGGUUUUUGCCUUGGUUGUUGUUAUUAUUCUUUUGUUGUUGAAAGGAAGAAAGAAACGUUCAGGCCUCCAAAGCAAAUCAAGAAGCGCUUAUUCUUCUUCCUUCAGAAAUACAACGUCCAUGGAAAGUGGAGGUGUCUACUUUGGGAUCUCUGUCUUCUCCUUCGACGAGCUCCGAGAGGCAACCAAUAAUUUUGUUGAAGACAGGAAGCUUGGAGAAGGAGGCUUUGGAAUCGUUUACUUCGGAAAACUUAGAGAUGGUCGUGAAGUUGCAGUGAAGCGGCUGUUCGAGCGCAACUACAGGCCAGUGGAGUCAUUCAUCAAUGAAAUCCAGAUCCUCACACGUCUGCGACACAGAAACCUUGUGUCCCUCUAUGGCUGCACUUCGCGUCACAGCCGGGACUUAAUGCUAGUGUACGAGCACAUCCCAAAUGGCACUGUUAGCUCUCAUCUCCACGGUGAUCAAAGAAAUUCAAGCUUUCUGCCAUGGCAUUUGAGAAUGAAAAUUGCCAUACAAACUGCUAGUGCAUUGGCUUAUCUCCACGCUUCUGACAUCAUUCACCGGGAUGUGAAAACCACCAACAUUCUCCUGGACAAUUCGUUUGAUGCUAAGGUUACGGAUUUUGGUCUUUCAAGGCUGUUCCCUGAUGAUGUCACCCACGUUUCCACUGCUCCAAGAGGGACCCCUGGUUAUGUUGAUCCGGAUUAUCGCCUAUGCUACCAGCUGACAACAAAGAGUGAUGUAUAUAGCUUUGGGGUUGUGCUUGUUGAGUUAAUAUCAUCUCUCAAAGCAGUUGACAUGGACAGGAACAGGGAAGACAUUAAGUUGGCAAAUCUUGCCAUUAGGAAGAUUCAAAAGGGUGCCUUUUAUGAGUUGGUCGAUCCUUCCCUUGGUUUCCACUCAGAUGAGAAACUAAAAAUGAUGAUAGGUUCGGUGGCAGAGUUGGCUUUUCGGUGUCUGCAAGAAGACAAGGAAUUGAGACCCUCUAUGGGUGAAGUAUUGGAGGUGCUGGAGAGAAUUCACAGUGGCAGGGAUGAGCCACCGAAUCAGGAUGGAAUUGUCGUUAAUGGUGCUAUAAGGGCUUCUCAAAGCUAUGUUCAUCCACCUCUUCCAAACACUCUGAUAAACCCACAACAGCGCCUUUUCAAAACAAACUGAUAAAAGGGAUCUGCAAAAUAUGUCAGAAGCUAUCUUUCAUUUCUAUUUGCUGAUAUAUACUUGGUACUGUGUGCAGAUUUCAACUCCACUUUGCAUCAUUAGAAUCAACGAGUGUGUCAAUAUACAUUUUUUGAAAUUUGAUGA